GCAGCCGCCUGCAGUCUGCUUGAGAGCGAGCCGGGCGCGUAUGUCCGGCCCAACCGCUAGCAUUUGAUUUCAAAGCGCGUGCUUCAUCACCAUUUUGAAUUGUUCGAGGCAGUUUUGAGUGUAGUCCUUUCAAAGUGUGUCCGCGGAAUCCACGGGAAUACGUUCUGAGCACGUUGCGGCGGCAGUCACAAGUGAUGUGAGUCCACAUUCACGAUUCCUUCUUCCCCGCCUCCACUCGCGACUUGCGAAUUGUAGCACAAGGUGGAGCUGGUUUCAACGGACACCUGCUUCGUACAUGGUCACCACCGUCACCGCAUCGCAGCGUCGUCUGCUAUCCACUCCUCCGCAAUUAUAAACUUGCACACACCCCUCGGUUCCCUCGCAAGUCUAUCGAGCCAACUCCGCUUUCCGCUACUCUUCUCACCCAGACAUGCUCUUCCCAUCGACAAUAAGUGCUCGCCCAGCUGUGCGCUCUGCAGCUCGCGCUCUUUCAGCUGCACGCGCGAAAGACCGUCUCCCUCAUCACGCUCUCCCCUUCACCAGUAGCAGACCAAUGAGCUCAUCGAUGCUGACAGGAACAUUACCAGACGACGAGCGCUAUCCCGAAUGGGCAUCGGAGGAAGCGCGCGCAGCCGCUUCUUCCCUCGUGCAUCGUUUUCCCGUCGAUUCUUCCGAACCCGUUCUGAUCACUUCUCAGCGCAUACACUCUACGCCUCUGCUUCAGCUCAGGGUGUUGCUAGAAGAGAUGGUGCCUCUGUCUCGCACAAGGGCUGAUCGCAAUCCCUUGGCGCUGAAUCUGGCAGAAUCCCUGAGCAACGGUUCUCCCUUGAUACCCAGCGAGCACUUGUCCCUCUUUACUCCCUUGGUACCUUCCAGCGCUCUAGGUCGAGACGGCUCAGAUCAAACAUUCAACCCACCUGCUCCCUUUACACGUAGGAUGUGGGCCGGUGGAGAGAUGCACUUUUCCCACGGCAGACCGCUCAAGGUGGAGCAAGUGGCAGAAGAGAGGACGUGGAUCGAAAAGGUGGAUAUCAAGAGGACAAAGGCGGGAGAUGAGAUGCUGGUCGUUUGGGUGAGAAAGGAGAUUGGGGAUGGAGAAGGAGAGAGCAUCGUCGACUUGAGAUCGUGGGUGUUUCAAAGGACGCUCGAUCCAUCAGCCGACCGUCGGAAGCUGCCCGAACCAUCUCGAAUUCCAGCAGAGGAGGCGCAUCGUCCCUUGCAGGUUGCUCAGCCUUCUACGCUAGGUCUGGCGCCGGGAGCAACGCCAGUCAUUCAAACGCCCGCCACUCUCUUUCGCUACUCCGCGUUGACGUACAAUGCGCACGCUAUCCACCUGGACGCUCAAUGGGCCCGAGAGAGGGAAGGACACCCAACUACGGUUGUGCACGGGCCCAUGACACUGAGUCUGCUCUUGCGCAAAUGGCUGGCAAUCAACACCUCUGAUCCUUCGGUCAAGGGAGCAGCACAGGUACCCCAGCUUGGCAGCGUCAAUUAUCGAGCCAAACGACCUCUAUGGACCGGCGAGAGGUACUGGGUGGGUUGUCAAGAGGGCUUAGAAGAUACGAUGCUAGCCGUCAAGGAUGAUGGUACCGUAGUUAUGGAGGCGAGCAUCUCCAGGCUGCAGGGCGACGCAACAUCUCACAAGGACGAGCACAUACGCGUCAAAAGGAAGGGCUCGAAAUGACAGGCUUUACUUCCCUCCAAAAAUGAAUGUCGGAUCAUCACUAACGACGAGAGCUCUUGUGGGCGGCGAACCAUGUAUCACGGUAUGAAUCUUACUAAAGUUGCUUUGCUCGACAACGAGGAUGUCUGCUGGCACUGCCGCGCAGGCAUUGGCUCCAGCUUGCUUUGCGCUGUUUGAGAAGAUUCGAGGUGGCAGAUCCAAAACAGAAU